UAUGGUCUCUGUCUCUAAUUACAAUCUUUAUUUUUGGGUUUACCAUUAUUCACCAGAUACGUCGUCUUAAUUUCCCAAUUAGCUAUCAAAACCGAGCUUCCCUCUUGCUUGGAACUUAAUCUCAAGGCUCUUAGUGGGCUACUUAUUACGUUUGAACUUGAAAAUGGCGCUCGGUGUAAACCCUAGUUUUGAUUUGGCGCUAUAUCACUGCGUUGUUAUUUUUAGAUUUGGCGGCUUUAGGUGGGAAUUUUUUUUUUUUCAUUCGGUAAUAUUGGUGGUAUUGGCGUAUUUGGUUUUUGACUUUGUGUCCUUUAAGUUGUAAGCAGUCUAGCUUGCUAUGUUGGAGGGAAGAAAAGUUAAAAUUUGAGCUCUUGUUGAUGGAUAUUUAAGCUUACACGAUAUAGAACGAAGUAAUAACGUUAAAAUAUUGGAUUGUUUACUACGAAGGCAACUGAUUUGUUGUUUGAUUGAAAUUUCUGGGACGUCAUCUCUAGAGUAAUGGGUUUUUUCAUAUUCUAGCUUCAGUGUUCUAUCAAUUUAAAUUUUAUGUUUGCAGCAUUGAUCUUUGGAAUACUACUUAUGCUCUUUCCAGGGUUAAUAAGCAUUAGCAACUUUAAAAUGAUCUUUUUCUUAUUUACUUCUUUUAUAAAUUUAAAUUUCACACAAAUAAAAAUACGUACAGCAGAGUUAAGUUUGCAGCAUCUUCAAGUCCAAACUGCUAUAACGUUGACAAUACAAUAGAUUAAAAGAUGACUGCCAGUUGAGUUACUUCAAAGUGUUACUCUUGACAUUUUUCUUGGAGUUUGGGGAACAAAUACUUCAAUAUAGAUGUUAGUAGUUUCAAACUAACCAAAUCUAAAUACUUCUCUUUUCACCUUUUUCUUAUUUUAUUUUUUAAUUCUUAAUAAAAUUUCUGUGCUGAUGUUAGCCUAAGAUUAGUAAUGUGACAUGAGAUGAUUACUCCACAAAACUAAAUGUUUUACAUCUGUACGUGUACUUAUUUCUUUAGUUUUAAAAUGUUAUAAUACAAAACUGAUGUGCUGUAUUUAAGUUUAACGUGGAUGAAAAAGUAUAAUGUAGUAUGCAAUCUUGAUCUUUAAGUAUGAGCAAUUUCGAAUUCAAAUAUUUUCACUCUGAAACACCUUUAAAAUCUAUCUGAAAUUUUGUUAAUUAGUGGAAACUGGAAACUAUUAAUUUUAACUUGUACAAAUGGGAUUUCUUUGUACUAUUAUUUUUUAAUCAUGGUGGAUUCAUCCCUAUGUUCCUUUGUGCAUUCUUGAUUAUUUAUGACUCUCUAGCAGGCUGUUUCUUCUAUUUACCGUCCAAAAUGUCAGAGAGCAGCAUGUAAUGUCAUAUAAUGGUUUUGUACUUGGUGUCUAAGAAUAUGUUACUUGGGAGAAAAGUCAAUUCACGUUAUGCAGUGGUUGGUGGAAGUUUAUCAUAGCCUUUCAUGCAUGCUGUCCAAAAUUUGUACUUCCUGUUUGUUGGAUGCCAUUCAAGUCUAUAUAUAUUUUUACUUUAGCUUUGGACAUUAAAUGAAAUGCAGUUUAGCUUCUACACCUUCUUGUAGCGGUUUGAUGUUGGGAGCAGUAUGCCGGUGACAGUUUGGAGAAAUGCAAAGGUAUCAUGCUCCCAGCUGCACUGGUGCAGUUAAUAAUCCAAUUGGUGUGGCAUCUGUCAGGGAUACUGGCAGGGCUGAUUCGUCCUCAUUGCCAGCUAUUAAUUCAAGGCGGCCACCAUCACUGUCUGCAUACAAGUUGAAGUGUGAUAAAGAGCCUUUGAAUUCCCGACUUGGCCCCCCUGACUUUCAUCCCCAGAUUCCAAAUUGCCCUGAGGAAACUCUUAUCAGAGAAUAUGUGCAGUCUGGAUACAGGGAGACAGUUGAAGGACUUGAGGAAGCUAGAGAGGUCUCAUUGACUCAUGUUCAAGCCUUUAGUAAGCCUGUGGUCUUUAAAUGCAGAGAGGCAAUUAGAAAAUGUCUGCGGGCCAUUAAUGAGUCUCGUGCACAGAAGCGGAAGGCUGGUCAAGUUUAUGGUGUGCCCCUUUCUGGGUCAUUAUUAACUAAGCCAGGUGUCUAUCCUGAGCAAAGGCCAUGCAGUGAAGACUUCAAGAAAAAAUGGAUUGAGGGAUUAUCACAACCACAUAAGCGGCUGCAAUGUUUGGCCGACCAUGUGCCUCACGGAUACAGGAGGAAAUCCCUUUUUGAAGUUCUUAUCAGGAAUAAUGUUCCAUUACCAAGAGCAACAUGGUUUAUCAAAGUAACUUACCUCAAUCAGGUCCGCCCUAGUUCUGCCGGUAUCUCACCUGGCACCCCUGAUAAAACUCAGUUGUCACGGACAGAGCUUUGGACAAAAGAUGUCAUUGAGUACUUGCAGAUGCUAUUGGAUGAAUUCUUCUCGAGAAGUAAUUCCCAGUCUGCUUCACACAGUAGAGAUAGAUCUCCUCAAAUGUUAUAUGCUGGGUCAGUACAGCACAGGAGUGAUCCAGAACCAGUAUUUAUUGAUGGUGAGGAGCCUUCCCUAUAUUUUAGGUGGUGGUAUGUAGUACGGCUCUUGCAUUGGCACCACGCUGAAGGGCUUCUUCUUCCUUCUGUAAUUAUUGACUGGGUUCUUAGUCAACUGCAGAAAAAGGAUGUACUCGAGAUUUUGCAGUUGCUGUUAUCAAUCAUCUAUGGUGUUCUAGAUACCAUUGUUUUAUCUCAAACUUAUGUACGUGCUCUUGUAGGAAUAGCAAUUCGUUACAUUCGUGAACCUUCUCCAGGUGGAUCAGAUUUGGUAGAUAAUUCUCGAAGGGCUUAUACAAUGUCUGCUUUAAUUGAGUUGCUUCGGUAUUUGAUUUUGGCUGUACCAGAUACAUUUGUUGCUUUGGAUUGCUUCCCUUUUCCGCCAAGCGUAUUGUCUUAUGGAGUAAAUGAUGGGGCUUUUGUGUCAAAGGUGUCUGAGGAGGCAAGAAAGACCAAAGAUCAUUCAGCCGGAGUUGUUGGCAUGUUCAGAAAUAAAGGUCUUGAUGCUCAAUAUCAGUCCUUAUCCUUUGAUCAGGUUGUUUCUUCCAUCCAGAAACAGGCAGAUAACCUUGCGAAGGCUUCUUGCCCUGGCUAUCUGGUUCAUAGUGUAGCCACAGCUGUACAACCGUUGGAUAAAGUGCUUUUGCAGGGAGACAUUAGAGAGGCUUAUAGUUUUCUGUUUGAAAAUUUUUGUGAUGGAGCUGUUGAUGAAUGUUGGAUUGAAGAAGUCAGUCCUUGCCUAAGAUCAUCACUGAAAUGGAUUGGAACUGUGAGCUUGUCAUUUGUUUGUUCUGUAUUUUUCCUAUGUGAGUGGGCAACAUGUGACUAUAGGGAUUUUCGGGCUGCUCCACCUCUUGAUCUGAAGUUCACUGGCAAAAAGGAUUUUUCUCAGGUUCAUAUUGCAAGUUGGCUUCUUAAGUUACAGAUGAGAGAUUUGCAAAGUAAGCCUCGACGGAAGAAUGAGAGAUCCAUCGGAAUCAACAGUCUUGCCGAAGGUCUCAGUCACCAUAAUUAUGUUGGCAGGGUUCGCGUGGGAAAUGGGUAUGAAAAUAAGGGAAACUCAAAAAAUGUGACUGGAAAAAAUGGUAAUUCAUCAGAUAUAUUUGAGAGCCCAGGUCCGUUACAUGAUAUUAUAGUUUGUUGGAUUGAUCAACAUGAAGUUCAAAAAGGAGAAGGCUUGAAGCGUCUUCAGCUGCUCAUAGUGGAACUCAUACGAUCUGGGAUUUUCUGCCCCCAUUCAUAUGUAAGGCAGCUGAUAAUUAGUGGAAUUAUGGAUCCAAGAGAGCCUCUAGGUGACCAUAACCGACGGAAGAGACAUUCUCAAAUAUUGAAACAACUUCCUGGACUCUUUGUCCAUGAUGUUCUGGAAGAGGCAAGGAUUGUAGAAGGAUCAGAACUUUUGGAAGUCAUGCACGUUUACUCAAAUGAACGCCGUCUCCUACUGCGUGGGUUCCUUUGUGAGCAAUACCAAAAUUCAUCCAAAUCGAAUAUAUCAAUGCAGAAGCAAAAGUAUCACCUAACAUGCUUAAAGGAUGGUGGUUCUGCUGCUUCUUUUGAUCAGUGGAAAAUUAUACAGUCCUGCUCAAAUACUUUGACUUCUAAGAAAGUCAAGUCCAAUGCUGACAUUGAGGAACUGAAGACUUCCAUUUUAUUGCUGUUUCAGAUUCCUAACUUGUCCACAACUUCAGAUGUUGAACUGGAUGAAUCUCAAGGGAGUGUUAAGAGGGCUGCUGAGUCAAAUUCCAGUGGAGUGGAUUCAGUUGAAGCUACACCAGGGUCUGAGGAUUGUAGGAGGGCAAAGAGACAAAAGUUAAAUGAGAAGAAGAGCUCUUGUUUUCAGGGUCAUUCUCCAAUAUCGGAUGAUGAAGAUACAUGGUGGAUGGGGAAGGGGCACAAAUCCUUAGACUUGUCCAAAGUUGAUAUACCACAGAAGUCAUCCAAACAGGUCUCUAAGGGUAGGCAAAAGGUUGUGCGUAAAAGUCUAGCUCAAUUAACAGCUGCUAGGAUUGAGGGUAGCCAGGGAGCUUCUGCAAGUCAUGUUUGUGAUAAUAGGGUUGGCUGUCCUGAUCAGAAAAAUGGAACGGAAGGAGAAACUCUCAAGUCAGUGGAUGGAAUCAGAACAUUGCAGGGUGGAGAUAUUGCUUCAAUUGCAAAAGCUUUAAAGCAAAUGCGUUAUCUAGAGAAGAGGUCUAUUACUGUUUGGUUGGUAACUACUGUUAAACAGCUUGUUGAGGAGACUGAAAGGAAUGUUGCCAAGGCCAACCAGUUCACUAGGCCUUUUGUUUCUGCUGAUAAUAGAAGCUCCAUUCGAUGGAAGCUUGGUGAGGAUCAGCUUUCUGCUGUAUUGUAUUUGAUGGAUGUUUGUAAUGAUUUAGUUUCUGCAUCCAAGUUACUGCUCUGGUUGUUGCCAAAGGUAAUCAGCAAUGCCAGUCCUACAAUUAACAGUGGGAGGAAUGUGAUGCUGCUGCAAAGAAAUGUGGAGAACCAUGCAUGUGAAGUGGGAGAGGCAUUUUUGUUAUCAUGCCUCCGAAGGUACGAGACCAUACUUGUUGCCACAGAUCUGAUUCCUGAAGUCUUGACAGCUGCAAUGCAAUGUGUUGCCGUAUUACUGGCUUCUGGUGGCAGGGUUUCAGGUUCUGCAAUCUUAACUUAUUCUCGGUAUUUGUUGAAGAAAUAUGCCAACAUGCCAAGUGUCUUUGAAUGGGACAAGAAUUUUAAAGCAACUUGUGAUAAGAGACUUCUUUCUGAACUUGAACCUAGUCGAUCAUUGGAUGGACAGUUUGGAUUUCCACUUGGAGUUCCUGCAGGAGUUGAAGAUCUUGAUAAUUUUCUCCGUCAAAAGAUAAGUGGCAAUCGGAUAACUAGAGCUGGUAUCAGCAUGAAAGAUAUAGUUCAAAGGCACAUUGAUGAUGCUUUUCACUAUUACUUUGGUAAAGAGAGAAAGUUCUUUAAUGCUGGUACACAAAAAGGUCCUGGAUAUGAAAAAUCUGAUGGUGGUUACCAGAUCGCUCAACAUGUAAUUGUGGGAUUACUGGAUUGCUUUAGGCAGACUGGUGGUGCUGCUCAAGAAGGGGACCCUUCUUUGGUCUCUUCUGCUGUAUCUGCUAUAGUCAAUAAUAUUGGACCAACUAUGGCAAAAAUGCCUGAUUUUAUAGUGCCAUCUAACCAUUCAAAUUCUUCAUCCGCUAUGGCUUCAUUAACUAUUGCUAAACGUAUUUUGCGGAUCCAUAUAAGCUGCCUUUGUCUGCUUAAGGAAGCCCUUGGAGAGCGCCAGAGCCGGGUUUUUGAGAUAGCACUAGCAGCAGAAGCUUUUUCUGCUCUUGCUACAGCUUUUUCUCCAGGAAAGUCUUCUCGAAGUCAGUUUCAACUGUCUCCUGAAGAUUCUAAUGUGAAAAAUGAUAUGUCAAACAAUUCUGUGAGAUCUGCAAGGGUAACAAAAAUUGCUGCGGCAAUCUCUGCUCUUGUUGUUGGGGCUGUCAUUCAUGGUGUUGCGAGCUUGGAGAGAAUGGUAAAUGUCUUUAGAUUAAAGGAAGGAUUAGAUGUAAUUCAGUUUAUAAGGACUAUAAAAUCCAAUCCAAAUGGAAACACCUGUCCAAUUCCAGCUUUCAAGGUGGACGACUCCAUUGAAGUUUAUGUGCAUUGGUUUAGGCUGCUUGUUGGGAACUGCAGAACUUUAUUUGAUGGUUUAAUUGUGGAACUCCUUGGUGAACCAUCUGUAGUUGCUCUUUCAAGGAUGCAGCGAAUGCUCCCUCUUAAUUUGGUGUUUCCACCUGCCUAUUCUAUAUUUGCCUUUGUUAUAUGGAGACAAAUUAUUCUUAGCAAAGAUCUUGCAAACCGUGAAGACAUAAUUCAACUGUAUCGAUCUUUGACAAUGGCCAUAGGUGAUGCUAUUAAGCACCAUCCAUUUCGGGAUGUAUGUUUGAGAGACAGUCGAGGUUUUUAUGAUAUUGUAGCUACAGAUGCCAGUGAUGCUGAGUUUGCUGCCAUGUUAAGUGGUUUGGACUUGCAGUCUAAAUCUGCAGCAUUUGUCCCCCUUCGUGGAAGGCUAUUUUUAAAUGCCAUUAUUGAUUGUAAAAUGCCAGUGUCUAUGUCCACUCAGGAUGAUAGCAAUCGAGCUUCUGGACCUGGUGGAUCUAAAGGACAACAUACAGAGAACAAAACAAAGCUUCUGGAUAAGAUUGUGAAUGUAUUGGACACUCUGCAGCCUGCAAAAUUCCAUUGGCAGUGGGUUGAACUCAGGUUGCUUUUGAAUGAACAAGCCCUUGUUGAAAAGCUCGAGGCUCAAGAUAUAUCUCUUGCAGAUGCUAUCCGUGCAUCUUCACCUGGUCCUGAAAAAGCUGCUGCUUCUGAAAAUGAGAACAAUUUCAUUGUGAUCAUACUCACAAGAUUAUUGGUCAGACCUGAUGCUGCUCCCCUUUUCUCAGAGCUGGUUCAUGUUUUUGGGAGGUCACUAGAAGAUUCAAUGUUAUUGCAGGCUAAAUGGUUCUUAGGAGGCCAAGAUGUUCUUUUGGGACGAAAAACCAUUAGACAACGUCUUAUUAGUAUUGCAGAGAGUAAAAGUCUUUCAACUAAAGCUCAGUUCUCGAAGCCGUGGGGUUGGUGUAGGUCGGAUUUUGAUCCUCUAACAAACAGAGGAGACAAGAAGUUUGAGGUCACCUCCCUUGAAGAAGGAGAGGUUGUUGAAGAUGGCUCAGACACAAAAAAAUCUGGAAAAGGGUCAACUCAAAUGCUUAAUUCUGAUGGCUUCAGCGUGAGCCAGCAGUCCAAAACUGAAAGGGCUUUCAUUGAACUGGUCCUUCCCUGCAUAGAUCAAGGUUCUGAUGAGUCACGCAAUGCAUUUGCAAGUGAUUUGAUCAAGCAAUUGAAUAAUAUUGAGCAACAGAUAAAUACAGCCGCUCGCAGUGCAAGCAAGCAGGCAGGAUCAGUUUCUUCUGGACUGGAAGGUCCUGCAAGUAAGAGUAGCAAUCGCAAAGUUAUAAGAGGUGGUAGUGCAGGAAUGAAUAGACGGACUGCAGGAGCUGCUGAUUCUGCUUUGCCACCCCCUGCAGCCUUGAGAGCUUCCAUGUCACUGCGGUUGCAGUUAUUGCUGAGAUUGCUUCCUAUCAUAUGCACAGAUGGGGAGCCUUCAGGACGGAACAUGAGGCACAUGCUUGCAUCUGUCAUACUUCGCCUCCUUGGUAAUCGUGUUGUGCAUGAGGAUGCAGACCUCUCAUUCUCUCCACUGCAAAGUUCUCAAUCUAAGAUGGAGUUUGAGUCUCCAUUAGAAACUCCGUCUGCAGAUUUAUGUGGUGAAAGUCUGUUUGAUCGGCUGUUGUUGGUCCUUCAUGGAUUGUUAAGCAACAAGCAGCCUAUUUGGCUGAAGUCAAGGUCUUCCUCCAAGUUAAUGAAUGAUUUUUCUGGGGACUCUCCUGGACUUGAUCGUGAGGUGUUGGAGAGUUUACAGAAUGACUUAGACCGCAUGCAGCUGCCCAGCUCUAUCCGGUGGCGUAUCCAAUCUGCAAUGCCAGUUCUUCUUCCUUCAGUAAGAUGGUUCUUCUCUUGCCAUUUAUCAUCUGUUCCUGUUGUUGCUGUUGCUUCACUUCAACCUAGCAUUACAAUUUCUGGGUUUCACUCUGGAAACCCCUCGCAGAAAAAUCCUCUUCCAUUGGCACGAACAGCAAUGAAUGUGCCAGGGAAGUCCAGGCCAUUGCCAUUGCAACAGGAAAAUGAUAUGGAAAUUGACCCAUGGACGCUGUUGGAAGAUGGCACAGGAUCAGGUCCUUCUUUGAGUAACACUGCUGUGAUUGGCAGUGGUGACCAUCCUCAUCUUCGAGCCACCAGCUGGCUUAAGGGAGCUGUAAGGGCCAGGAGGACAGACCUCACUUAUAUUGGUGCCGUUGAUGAUGACAGCUGAUUAAAGUUAACUUUCAUUCUUGGUUUGGCUUGGAGUCACCAAUUCCCUCGACAGGUAACAAUUUUGUUUGUCAUGCGUAUUUGGCAUCAGGCUUCCACAUUGUUUUUGCCCUUCCUCCCUUUAAUAGCUAGGGGAGCUGUGAGAGACGCAUGUAGUCCUUGUGAAGGUAGUGAAGAUGCCUUACACAACCUGCUCUGCCAGGUCUCGGACUCUCGGGCCACUUGAUUACUAACAUUUUGAUCACCACCCAUCUGGAUGGUGUACUCCAGGUGCAGUUGGAGUUUUGUUGUAUAUAUGGAGAUAAUUAAUAUUUUGGGGCAUGUAGUCCUUGUGAAGGUAGUGAAGAUGCCUUACACAACCUGCUCUGCCAGGUCUCGGACUCUCGGGCCACUUGAUUACUAACAUUUUGAUCACCACCCAUCUGGAUGGUGUACUCCAGGUGCAGUUGGAGUUUUGUUGUAUAUAUGGAGAUAAUUAAUAUUUUUUUUUACUUCACUGAUUCAUUAGAGUCAAAUCUCUCAGGAAUAAUUUGUAUCUAUUUCAUGUGCAUCAAUCUAUUGUUGCAUCCUCUCUAUCUCUGUCACCUCUUCGGGACUUGAAUAUGUGCACGCAUGCACAUCCACUGAUGUGAGGGUGCAAGCGAUGGCUUAAUACAUGAUGGAUCGGAAUGUUCAGAGUCAGCUUAUUAUCUUCUGCAUUAGGGUUAGAACAUUGUUGCUUCAUCAAACACAUCAUCAUUCCCCUUCGAGUUGUAUGAUAUCGGCCUAAUUUUGUAAUUAUUUACAGAUGGCUAUGAUCUGUUAAAUUUUAAAAUGAAAUAUAAUUUACAAGUGAUAUGUUGAAUGAUAGAAUCCAGAAUUCCGUGUAUUA